GAGGAGAUUAGAUCGCUUUUGACUAGGUGGUUUGCCAAAAGGCGCCGAGCUGCAAAUGAUAUGGAGACCGAGCUUACUACUGGUGUUGAGAAAUUGCUACGGGAAAGGGUCGAAGGAGCAAAGCAACUAGCAGUGCAAGAAAUCGACGACCAUCUUGCACAGGUCACCGGUGGCUCAUCCUUACAUGUUGUCAAUUUGGAAAGGAAAACAUGUACUUGCCGACGGUUUGACAUCGAUAAAAUACCGUGCGUCCAUGCCCUUGCUGCAGCGGAAGCAAAAAAAAUUUCCCGUAUCAGUCUAGCCCACCCUUACUACCGUAGGUCAUACCUUUCGUCGGCAUACGCGGGGACGGUCAUGCCAAGAGAUGUCGCUUUACCUGUACCCGAAGAAGUGGCUAACAAAGUCUGUAAGCCUCCUUUUGUUCGUAAACCACCUGGUAGGCCAAAAAAAUCACGAAUGAAAAGUGCUUUAGAAAUAGCAAUGCAGAAGAAACGUCCAAGGAAAGAGCACAAGUGUUCCAAAUGUGCCCAAGCCGGCCAUAAUCGUGCGACAUGCCCAUCUUGAUCGUGUGUGGUCAGUGUAAUUAAUGUACUUCACACUCUUUUACUUUUA